CCGGAAACUGUGUAUAGUGACGGCCGUGAUGGCCGAAGCAGCGGGUAUUCCCGCGGAGUCCCUGGCUGGCUGCAGGGCGCGGGCAGCGCGGACGGUGCUAGAUCAAGUGGUGCUGCCGGGCGAGGAGCUGCUGCUGCCAGAGCAGGAGGACGGAGAAGGCCCAGGAGGUGCAGGGGAGCGACCGCUGCGCCUAAACGCCGCAGCGCGCUCCCGGGGACGCGUGGUGUGCGGCCCAGGCUUGCGGCGCUGCGGCGACCGACUGCUGGUCACCAAGUGCGGCCGGCUCCGUCACAAGGAACCCGGCAGUGGCAGCGGCGGUGGCGUUUACUGGGUGGACUCGCAGCAGAAGCGGUAUGUCCCAGUGAAAGGAGACCAUGUGAUUGGCAUAGUGACAGCUAAGUCUGGAGACAUAUUCAAAGUUGAUGUUGGAGGGAGUGAGCCAGCUUCUCUGUCUUACUUGGCAUUUGAAGGUGCAACUAAAAGAAACAGACCUAAUGUGCAGGUUGGAGAUCUCAUCUAUGGCCAGUUUGUGGUUGCCAAUAAAGAUAUGGAACCAGAGAUGGUCUGUAUUGACAGCUGUGGACGAGCCAAUGGGAUGGGUGUGAUUGGACAGGACGGGCUGCUUUUUAAAGUGACUCUGGGCUUAAUUAGAAAGCUGUUAGCUCCAGACUGCGAAAUCCUACAAGAAGUGGGAAAACUCUACCCCCUGGAGAUAGUAUUUGGAAUGAAUGGAAGAAUAUGGGUUAAGGCAAAAACCAUUCAGCAGACUCUGAUUUUGGCAAACAUUUUAGAAGCUUGUGAACACAUGACAACAGAUCAAAGAAAACAAAUCUUCUCCAGAUUGGCAGAGAGCUGAAGACCUAUGUAGGCUUUUUUUAUGGGUCAGCAGAACCAAGAGUCUGGGUUUCCUGGGAAAGAUGUUUCUCAGGUGAAUUCCCCAGUAAAUCUUCAGGAGACUAGAUGUGAAUGUACAUAUUGUCUAUUACAGUCCUAAAUAAAAUAUUUUUAUAAAAAAGUUACUGGUUGCCACCCAGAUUCUUAAGGGUGAGAAAAAUCAUGAAGCCAUGAUGUAGCUUUUUGUUUUUGACAAUAAAGUUUACUAAAGUUA